AUGAGUGAUAGGCAGCCUCUGUUGGAUGCGUCAGGCAAGCUGCCGUCUGGCGAUGACGAUGGUUUCGGUAGUGAUAUCCACCAGAAGCAAGUCCCAAAGAGCAGCUUUUCUACGUGGCGACGAUAUUUUUCAAGAAGUACCAAAAUGGAUGCAAACAAUAAAAAGCCAGAUGACGAAGACGACGCGAACGAUAGAUAUCAUGAUAUUGGGUUUUUCGAAAUUUUUCGACAUGCAGAUGGUAUCAGUGUUCUUCUUAUGCUCACUGGCUUACUCCUUUUGGCAAUACAUGCAGUUUGCGUACUUGCCAAUCUAGCUCUUUUUGGUAAAAUUACUGGUGUUUUUGCUGUGGAAUCAUUUGAUAAUGAUUGCCAUAAAGUACAUAGAAAUUUGACAGCUCUUAUCACCUACGACAGUGACUGUCCUCUAGGCAUUGCAGUCGAUGCAGACAACAAUAGUCGGCUUUAUAAAUUAUGUCAUAAUGUCGAUACGGUUGCACUAGCAACAUCACCUUCAUCAUCGCUUUUUCGGGCGAAAGUUAUGACUAUAAUUUAUUGGUUAAUCCUUAUUGCUGUUGUUGUAUGGUUGGCCAGUUUUCUUGAAUAUGCUAUUUGGUCGAUUGCUAUAAGACGGCAGACAGCUCGUAUGAAUAUCUUGCUCUUUCAAUCGCUGCUACAGCGUAAUGUACCAUACUUUGACAAACAUCCAGCUAGCCAAUUCAAUAGUAACCUAUUUGGCAACAUUGCGAUGGUAGAAAAGGGUAUUGGCGUAGAUUUUUUGAUCAUGCUUGGGGCAGUACUAGGUAUAUGGGCAAGUUUGAUCACAUGUUUCAUUAUCAAUUGGAAAUUAUCUCUGAUUUUAUUCUUCACUGUACCUAUUGUUAUGACCGGUUCCACGAUAUUUUCUAAGCUUCUUGCUCGUGAGACAGAAAAUGAAUUCAAAUCGUAUUCAUCAGCUGGGCGUAUCGUUCAAGAAGUAGUAAGCUCUGUCCGAACGGUUUUCUCACUUAAUGGCGCCAAAUUUGAGCAACAGCGGUACGAGAAGGAAUUAGAGUCAACUCAUUGGAGUACUGUUCGACAACGUGCCAUAUGUGGUGUUUUUAUGGGUUGGCUAUCUUUUAGCUCUUACAUAGUUUAUGCCGUUGGUUUCAUCUUUGCUUCUAUGUUCAUGUCUUAUGCAACUCAUCACGGACGGGAAAUUACUGAUGUCCUUGUUAUUAUUAUGAUGUUUGCUCAGUGUCUAGCAUACUUUGGUAUGAUUGUGCCUUUCUUUCAAUCAUUUUCGGAAGGGCACGGUGCUGGGAAAUCUGGAUUUCGACCUAUUGAUGAAGAACGAGAUCCAAACUUAAACGAGAAGGAUUUGUUCACAGAAGAUGCCUCUAAUGAAGACUCAGUUUGCAACAUUGUCGGUGACAUUGAAUUUAAAGAUAUAAAUUUAGUUUAUCCGUCUCGAAAAGAUGUGUCCGUUUUACACAAUCUCAAUCUGAUUGCUCGUACCAAUAAAACGACUGCUCUUGUUGGUGGAAGCGGUUCCGGUAAAAGUACAUGUAUGUCACUUCUUCUUCGAUUUUAUGAGCCAUCAUCGGGUGAAAUAACGAUCGAUGGUCAAGCAAUAACACAAUAUUCAAUUAAAUGCCUUCGACAAAAUAUUGGAAUUGUCAGUCAAGAGCCUAUUUUAUUUGCAAUGACUAUUUAUGAAAAUAUUCGUCUUGGUAAAUUAAACGCAACGCGUAAAGAAAUUGAAGAAGCGGCAAAGGAAGCCAGCGCGCAUGAUUUUAUUAUGAAACUACCUCAUGUUUGUAGAUUUUGUUUUUAUUUUGUCUCAUAUAUGUGA